CCAUUAGCAACCACACUAUCCAAUCCAUAUUCUCUCUUCAUUUUGAUUAAUUUUUUUCUUUCCCCUACAUCUAAUUUUACAAUGUCGCAGCUGAUGGACAAGGCCAAAAACUUUGUGGCAGAGAAGGUAGCCAACAUAAAAAAGCCGGAGGCUACCGUCACAGACGUGGAUCUGGGUAGCGUCCACCGUGAUCGCGUAGAAUACAACGCCAAGAUUUCUGUCAAUAACCCAUACGGGCAUCCUCUUCCCAUUUGCGAGGUCUCCUACACUCUCAAAAGCGAUGGCAGAGUGAUUGUAUCGGGGAAUAUGCCAGACCCUGGAUCACUGAAGGCAAGUGACAUAACAAUUCUGAAUGUACCAUUGAAGGUGCCACACAGCAUACUAGUGAGCUUGGUAAGUGACAUUAGCAGAGACUGGGACAUAGAUUAUGAUUUAGAAGUGGGUCUCACCAUUGACCUUCCUAUCAUUGGCGACUUCACCAUUCCUCUCUCUAGCAAGGGCGAGGUCAAGCUCCCUACGCUUUCUGAUUUCUUCUGAUGCCUUUCUCCUUAUUUGGAUUAUGCCGCCUUCUAUAUUUUGCUUUUUAUUGCCAAUCAAACACUAAUGAUAUAAAUGUUUCAAUUCAAUUAAACUCAUAAUGGCUUGUUUGUUGUUUCCUUGUAGAUUUAUGUUUGAAUAAUUUAUUAAGCUCUCAUAUUCAGAUCA